AAACAACAGAAAAAUCGCAGAAAAGCCACAGAAAACCUCCCGAGUGCCCGCGGAGCGCCGGCUCCCACGCCAGGGCCGUGCCCGCGACCUUGGCCGGUGCGCCCCGCUCGCCUCCCCCUCGGGCCAAUCGGCGCCCCGGGAGCCGCGCGGCGUGCGGCACGAGCUGGGAGGGUCGGGGCGGGUGGAGCUGCAGGCCCGGGGCCCGAGCGGAGGAGCGUGAGCCGGGAGCUGGAGCCCAGAGUCUGGCGGGAAGAUGGCGCUAAGACUGCUGCAGAAGGCCGGCCGCGCUGCUGGUGCUGCAAGAGCAGGAGCCGGAGCCGGAGCUGGAGCGGGGCGCCUGCGAAAUCUGAAGCUUUCUCUGGCAGUGAAUGUUUUCAAGACUGGAUAUUGUUCUUCAGUUAAUCACAAGUACACUCCCAGGAGGGCAGUGCUGUAUGUUCCUGGAAAUGAUGAAAAGAAAAUACAGAAAGUACCAUCACUGAAUGUAGACUGUGCAGUGUUAGACUGUGAAGAUGGUGUGGCUAUGAACAAAAAGGAGGAAGCAAGACUGAGAAUAGUGAAGACCCUGGAAGAGUUUGAUUUGGGACCGACUGAAAAGUGUGUAAGGAUCAACGCAGUCUCCAGUGGCCUUGCUGAGAAAGACUUGGAGGCCCUGCUUCAAUCCCAGGUCCUCCCUUCCAGCCUGAUGCUGCCAAAGGUUGAAAAUCCUGAAGAAAUACGAUGGUUUUCAGACAAAUUUUUAUUCCACUUAAAAGGCCGAACACUUGUAGAACCAAUGAAUUUAAUCCCUUUUGUGGAAACUGCCAUGGGUUUGCUCAAUUUUAAGGCUGUCUGUGAAGAAACACUGAAGACUGGAUCUCGAGCUGGUCUUCAUCUAGAUGCAGUUGUUUUUGGAGGAGAGGAUUUCCGGGCCAGCAUAGGUGCAACAAGUAGUAAGGAAACUCAAGACAUUCUCUACGCCCGGCAAAAGAUAAUCGUUGUAGCAAAAGCCUUUGGUCUACAAGCCAUAGAUCUCGUAUACAUCGACUUUCGAGAUGAAGAUGGACUCCGCAGGCAGUCAAGAGAGGGAGCCAUCAUGGGCUUUACUGGUAAGCAGGUGAUCCACCCAAACCAAAUUGCAGUGGUCCAAGAGCAGUUUUCUCCAACGAGUGAAAAAAUUAAGUGGGCCAAAGAACUGAUUUCGGCUUUUAAAGAACAUCAACAAUUAGGAAAGGGAGCUUUUACUUUCCACGGGAGUAUGAUAGACAUGCCAUUACUGAAGCAGGCACAGAACAUUGUUACGCUUGCCACAGCCAUCAAGAAAAAAUGAUCUGCUAAAAGAAACUCUCCCCAGCAUGUACUCUUAUAUUGAAGGCUAAAGGGUAUUGAAGCCGCCGAGGAUCAACUUGUGGUUGCCAGAGGACGCCAAUGAAGUUUGAAACACCAACAAUCAGAGAUUUUGUUUCUGUUCCUCAUUAAAUCAUGAGCUUUUGUGUCCA